AUAUUUAAAGGGUUCUACAACUAAAGUCAGAAUCUAUUUGAAGAAGAUUGUGAAUGAAAGUAUUUGCCUGAAGAAAUGGGUCGUUAGAAAUCUAUACAAUUGCAGAUUUUUUCAGGUAUGGCGUCCAGAGACGUGGAAAGAGAUCGUUUGAUCAAACGCAUUACAGAGAAGAGAGCGAAAUUGGAAGCUCGUGGUGAUCUUAAUAUAAAAAUUCCACGAUUAUCACUGCCAUCAGAUUUUAACAUACAUGACCGAUCGUUAUUUUCUCUACCUCCAGAACUGCUUAAGCCAAUUUUGGCUUCUGCACAUCCAAAAUAUAAAAAGCAGUUUGCAGCCGAAAAGAAAAAAGCGGCUGAACAACAGUCUAGAAUCAAAUCAUACACAUUGUUAAGAAAACAAAGGGAAGAAUACAGAAACAGGCUAGUGAAGUUAAUAGUUGGAACAGAUGCCGACAGGGCAAUGUCCAUCGAUGAUGAAUUGCCAAAUGCAGAAGACAGGGAAAUGUUACGAUACUAUUACUAUAUUAAACACGGUGUAGAUACGGUACAUGUUGCGCCCUUGGAUGAAAAAGUAUUAGUAAGGGUUUUGGCACUAGUACCCAAGAGGUUGUGGAAAUGGGAGAAAACAUUGGAAAUAUCUAUCCAAGAGGUAAAAGAUGAAUUUAUGCUGGCCGUAAAAAAAGCCAUUGUGGAUUUCGUCCUUCAAGAUCCAGCGUUCGUCAAAGCCAUUGGCGAAAACUUGACUCCAGCCAGAAUAGAACUGAAAAGUAUAGGUAAUAGCUUUAGGCCUGCUUUCAAUAAAGCCCAAUUGAAAAUCAGCAGGAAUUUGCACUGUAUUAAUCCGUGUUUAGCAGCUGUAUUAGACAUUUGGGAAAAGGAGUUCAAAGAUCUUCGUCUUCUAGAUAUCGAAGCCCUAAAGAACCACCAAGGGGCUUUCGAGUUGAGCGAGUUCAAAUUUGUAACAAACAAACACAUCGAGACGUGCAAAGAUAAUUUGUUUUCCAAAUACUACUAUGCCGUCACAGACAUUUUUCUUCAAGGCAGUAAGAAGAACAGGUUACCAGAUCCAGGGAAGAAAAAGAAAAUGGAGUCUUUUUAUAACGCGGUCGCCAGUAUCAUGACUUAUCAGCUACAGACUUUAUGUUUUAAUUCGUUAGCUGAUUAUAUGAAGUACAUUUUAGACGUUAGGUAUGCCAAUAAAGGGUUCCAAAUAAAACUACAGCAAAGAGGCAACAGCUUAAUGUUUGAGCCGUCAUUUAAAAGUUUUCGUGACACACUAGUAGCACUCAUUGAUAUAAUGAUUGACGCUGUUGGCGAUGUUCCAAGACUCGAGACGAAAUUGUACUUGGAUUGGGCAGACCAAGAAAGAUACUUAAAGCCCAUAUUUCCAGAAGAACUUGCUUUGCAGUACAAAGCCCAAAUUAGAUACAUGCUUGAUGAACAACGGAUUGGACCCGAACUAAGAGUUCAAGACUUUGAUGAGUUUCUGCCCUUAAUUAACGGAAAAGAUGAGGAGUUUAUAAAUGAAUUUUUAUCACAAAAACACACGUUUGAUGAGUUGGCCAAUGAGAUCCUUAAGUACAAGGCAAUUGUUGAUAAAAUUCCUUUGGCAAACGAACACUAUGUUCGUAUUGAAAUGUACGACAUGAACCGAAACGACUUGAUCAAAGCCUUGGAAGCUUCUGCUCAAAAUUUCAAAGACAUGUUACUUCAAAAAUGCAUUAAAGAUUUGCAGGUACUGUGUAAAAGCAUUGGUGAUGAAUACCAAACUAUAUCCGACAAAGCAUUAGCAAUUCCUGACGAUACUCACGAACUGAUUGCUACAAUUCGGUAUGUAGCUGAUGUACAAGCUAUUACUCUCUUGGACCUGGAGGAUAAGUUAAGAGAUGUCAUGAAUUAUAUUCUAUUUUUGACCGACUAUGUCAUCUUCACCCCAGUAGAAAUGAAAUUGAAUAAUAAUGCGUUUCAAUGGUACUUAUACAUGUCCAAAGUCUUGGAAGAACACCGGCAAAUGGUGGACCAGAAAAUGGAAGAGUUUCAACAACUCCUCGCACAGAAAAUCAAGAAGUUUAAUGAAGAACUGGAAAUAUACGCCAAAAUGGUGGACGAAUUACAGCACAACGGUAACAUUGAAGAUCUUCCGAAGUACCAUAAAAAAGCUACAAAGCUUGACGAAAGACUCAUCACUGCCAUGGAGAAAAUCGAUAGCUUUAAUGAAGAAGAAGCUGCUUUUGGCUUCGAACUUUCGCAGUAUCCCAUGAGAAAACAAAUACACGACAAACUAAGUCCUUAUAAAAAGUUGUACGACAAUUCGGUAGAAUUUUUAAAUAAAUACGACUUGUGGAUGAAGUCCAGAGUAGGCAGUUUUGAUCCAGAUGAAAUUGAGACUGAUGUUGGUACUUAUUAUCGAAACGUUUAUAAGUUAGAAAAGAUCUUUUCGGAGAAACCAGCUACCCUAGAAUUGGCUACUACAGUCAGGGAGCAAAUAGAAGAAUUUAAGGAGCAUAUGCCGAUAAUCCAAACUUUAGGCAAUCCCGGAAUGAAGGAGCGCCAUUGGGAAAAAGUGUCUGAAAUCGUGGGAUUCCCCAUAACCGUAGAUGAAAACCUAACACUGGAGAAAAUUAUCGAUUACGGAUUGGAUGACUAUUACGAGAAAUUCGAAGCCAUAUCUGAGGCAGCUACAAAGGAAAAUAACUUGGAGAAGAAUUUAUCCAAGAUGCUGCACGAAUGGGAAGAUAUUGAGUUUAGUGUUUUGAUGUAUAAAGACACGGGAACAUAUAUUAUCUCAGCUGUGGAUGACAUUCAAGUACUUUUAGAUGACCACAUUGUCAAAACACAGACUAUGAAAAAUUCACCAUACAUCAAACCAUUCGAAAAAGAAACAUUGUAAGUGUAUUUAUAGCCUAAUUUAGCAAACUUUUUCUUGUAGCAAGACCCUGUGUGAUGUUCAAUUGUGCUACACUUCUAUUGAGCAUUAUACUUUUUUAAUGGAACCUUUUGUUAUAUAUUUUCCAAUUAGUUACACCACAAGUUAUAAUUUUUGUUGUAAAUGCCUCACAUAUAUCUUUUAAAACUUUUACAUAAACAAAGAGACUUAUACAAAAUCUUUUU